UGGGCACAGGUGGGUGGCACUGGUGGGCACAGGUGGGUGGGCACAGGUGGGUGGCACUGCUGGGCACGGGUAGGUGGCACUUCUGGGCACAGGUGGGUGCACUGCUGGGCACAGGUGGGCGGAGCUAGUGGGCGCACUGCUGGGCACAGGUGGCGGAACUUGUGGGUGGCACUGCUGGGCACCGAUCAUCAGGGCACUGAUCAUCAGUGCCCUGAUGAUCGGUGCCGAUCCUCGCUCUGACAACUGCCGGUUCUCGGCAGUACUUUCCUCACGAUCUGACAGCGU